CGCGGUCGGCCUGUCUGCGGCAGCGGCGAAGCGGCGACUACCACGACCGCGGAGAGCAUCCUUAUGUGCGCGUACGAGGAUGAACGGUUGCUCGCUUUAAUGCGCGCCCUUACCACUGGACGUAUGAAAGCGCCAUACAGUGUUAAGUGCUGCUACACGGAUUAGGAGAAGUGUUCGACGACGAACCACGCGUUCAUUCAAGACGGCGACGACAGGCAUGACGCGACGCAAUGCUCGCCGGAGGUUCAAGGUGGUUCCGAGGGUUCGCGCCAUCAUGAGCCUAAACCCGGAAGUGACGACCGCUCCUUCGCACCGGUUCCGGUUCAUUCCUGGCCGGCUGAUCCGGAAACGGCCCAACCACCACAGCCGGAAGCUGCUGGAAAAGCUCGAGAAGCUCGUUUCGCAGGUGGAGCCAGACGACAGCCCGUACGCCGGCCUGCUCAUCAGUCCGACGUUGCAGAAUAACUCCGAUGAAACGUUUGACGUGAAGCUCAAGAUAUUUGCGGAGGAUCUUCACAAGCCGGUGUCGUUCACGUGUCCCGCCGCUACUCGGGUCGGCUACCUGGUGGACAGCCUCAAACCUUUCCUGGGAGACUCUAAGGGCUCGUUCGUCUUUAAGGUGACAGGCCUAGACGAGUACCUCUCCAACGAAACUGUUCUUAGUGACUACGAAUACAUCUGCGCCUGCCGUCGACUAGGAAAAACAGCUUGGCUGACGUUGAUAAGCCUGGACGCCGUGCAGCGACCGUGGACGCUGGUGACUUGUGAAGAGUGCGACUUGGACGUAGGCGGCGGCGGCGGCGAAUCGUCUUCCGGCAACUACAUCGGCUAUGAAGACGUCAGGGAACGAGUUAUCAAUUUCGAAAACGCGGCAGACCGCUUGAUCGCCGACGCCCAGAAAUCACCAACGUCCGCGGCGGGGAAUGGCGGUGACCUCCUGGCUUCUGCUGAAGAGGUCAGGAGGGCGGUGGUGGAUCUGUGCGUGCUGGUGGGAGAGACAGAAACCGGAGACGUGCACAGGUCGACAGUGAACCUCAUAAACUUCUUGCGUGAAAUCGUGUUCGAUAACAGAGACGCAGUGGACGCCACGAGAAAGGCGUUCCUGGUCGGCCGCUUCGUCGAGGACAUCGAAAUGGCGCUGGCGAGGUUCCUAGACAUGCACUCGGAAAGGCGUCUCGUCGAGUUCGCGGUGGAUUUCCUCGACGAUAGGGUGUACCGGAGGACUUACGACUACGCGGUCGACAGCAACGAGCUGUUCGGACCCCGGAUCGAAAUGGCGACGCAGCUCCAAAAGUGGUGGCUCCACGAGUACGACACCUUCACGGUAGACUGUGCGCUCACGUACGGCGAACGCCUGCUCAGCCACCAGGCGACGCGCAAGGUGUGCGUGACCCAAAAGUUUUUCCAGUGCGUAAACUUCGACGAACGGGUGGUAUUUAAGACCGCGACGAUCCGAUCGCUGCCCCGCGAGACGAAACUGUACAUGACUCUAAUAGGGCACCGAGAAGGCGUUGACCAGGUACUCGGUUGGACCGCACUGAACGUCUUCGCUGACAGGGAUCACUUCAACGGCGGCGAGUUCCUCCUGGGUCUGUGGUCGUCCGAGACGGUGUCACCGCGUGGACCAGCCUGUGCCAGCGAGCGGGACAAAGGUUACCUGCACGUCAGUUUGCCCUACGUCAGAAACCCGGCUGCGCUUUCAAAAUCCAUAUCGCGUGAACCUCAAGAAGCAAUAAAGAAACCCUUCCACAGUCUCAGUGCGGACAUACAAAGGACUCUUCUCGACCUGACGGUGAACGACGUCUCCCAGCCGCUGCCCCAAAGCGUUCGCGACAUGGUAUGGCACUACCGCCACUACCUCUGUGACUUUCCGAGCCUGUUGCCGCACUUACUGCGACACCCUGCCUGUUGGAACGCCGCAAACAUCGACGAGACGUACAUGCUGGUGCGAGCUUGGUGUCCGCUAAGCCCCGAGGAGGCGCUUACGCUUCUCUCCCCAACAUUCCCCGACAGCCUAGUGCGCAAGUACGCCGUGCGCUCCCUGCAAAGUGUCGGCAGUGACGAACUGUCUCUCUACUUGGCUCAGCUGGUAGAGUCUCUAAGGUUCCAGACGUGGGACGAUUCGUUCUUGGCUGUCUUUCUGCUGCAAAGGGCGCGACAGAGUGUCCGGCUCGCGCACCAGCUGUUCUGGUGGCUCACGGGAAUGAUUAACGAGCCACUUAUGCGUCACAGGGCGUUGGUCAUGCGAAAGGCGCUAUUUUUCAUCGCCGGGGAGAAGGUCUCAGCCAGCUUACUCACGCAGGUCAUAAUCGACGACAUGCUAGCGGAGACGGCACGCAAUAUCAAAGACGCCAGCGACAGCCAAAAGCAGGAAGUGAUGCGCCGAGACUUGUCCAAGCUGAACGAAUCCUUAAAGACCCUCAAGUUGCGGUUACCUCUAGACCCCGCUAUAAGCGUCGAGUCCAUCGAUAUCGACACGUGUUGCAUAUUUCCCUCAAAGACCCUGCCCUUCAAGCUCGUCUUCAGGUCAUCCGAAGAGGCAGCAGAGAAGAUCGAGGUCAUCUACAAGGCGGGCGACGACCUACGUCAGGACAUGCUCAUGCUUAGCGUUAUCCGACUGAUGGACAAGCUGUGGCUGGAAAGCGGCAUGGAUAUGAAGAUGCUGACUUUUAAAUGUAUCGCGACAGGCGAAAAUCAUGGUUUUGUGGAGGCCGUCCGCGACGUUUCCACGCUCCGGGCCAUACAGACAGCACACUCCGGUGUUACAGGGGCCUUCAACAACCGCACCAUCACCGACUGGUUCUGGAAGCACAACCCGUCUCGCGCUCAGUACCAGGCGGCAGUAGACAACUUCAUCAAGUCUUGCGCUGGCUGCUGCGUGGCCACGUACGUGCUCGGUGUGGGCGACCGGCACAACGACAACAUCCUCCUCUCCACAUCUGGCCACAUGCUGCACAUUGACUUCUCCAAGGUGCUGGGACGCGCCGAGACACUGGGAGGAAUCAAAAGGGACCGAGCCCCGGUCGCGCUCACGCCGGACAUGGUGUACGUCAUACGCCGGAACGCCGGCGAGGCCCACUUUGUGCGACUCUGUUGCGAGGCCUACAACGUGAUUCGUCGAAACUCCAACCUCCUGCUGGCGCUCUUCAGCAUCAUGAAGUACUCCGGCAUGGUCGACGUCGACCGUGACGCGCUCGCCUACCUGCACCGGUCCAUGUCGCUCGACGCGACCGACGAACAGGCGGCGAGGCACUUCGAGAAACGCAUCCGCGAGAGCGUCAUGACCCUGGCGACCAGCUUCAACUUCUUCAUCCACAACCUCGCCGUGCUCGGGGCGGCCACGAGAGGCGAGUGCGCGCUGAAACUGUCGUUCAACCCCCGCGACUUCAGCGUCGCCGCCGAAGGGCGCAUCGUGCGGCUGCGCGUCGAAGGGAUCCGACUGCGCUACCACCCGGAGCGUUACUACGUGUACGUGGUCGCGGUGACGCGCGAGUUCCCGCCUACCCAGUCAGUGGUGCGCACCUACAAGCAGUUCCUCGAGCUGUACAGCAAGAUGAGCAAGAAGUUUCCCGAUUACGACUUUUGUCCGCUCUCGCGGGGCACGGUGUUCAGCUCCGAGAGCGACGAGUCAUUGGCACAGCGGCGCAAGCGCUACAUCCAGGAAUUUCUCGACUCGGUCAUGGCACUGCCGGACGAAGUGGCCCACUACAGGCUCAUGUACAGCUUCUUUCACCCACUUCCGCGCGACCUGGAACUGAGAGACAAGGUACCCAUCACAAUAGCUACGUGAGCGAGGUGCGCGCGUACUUGUGUAAAGCGCGAUGAAGUGAAUACGGUGAGAACAAGGGAGGGGGCAUGGGCCGCAGCUCCCUGAACCCAACACCACGACGCAGAGUGUGUGUCUGCGCAACCACAACGUUGGUGCAUACGUGUGUGCGGGCAUUUGUACGUCCGUUGUGAACCUGCAUAGUACAACACAUAACUCUACAGUUAAAAGGGUAAGUAUAGUGUAAAGCAGCGGCAAGUGAACGCUGGAGUCAAGAGACGCUUCAGAGGUGCACGGCGCACGCCAGAAUUAUGACCAACGGUUAAAAUCUACGCUCAGGCAAUCGAAACAGCCUGUUGACUUUCACGCUGGUGCUAAAUGAGAGAAUUCAGCGAUUGAAAAAAUACAAGAAAAGACUGUGUAUAGUUGUUUGCUCUAGUCAGGUCUUACAGUUGUGCGAAAAAAAAAAGAACGUUGCAAUAAAAGAAAGUUUGUUUACGCCAAGUUAGCAGUGCACGAGCUCAUGGGCAUUGUCCGUACACAUUACUUUACCGUGAAGCACUGCUACUUCUGCUUGAAACGUUUCAAAUAUUUAUGACCACGUUAACAGGAUGUUAAUGGGAUAAGAUGCUGUCGGUUUACGCAGGACGAGUAAAUGGAUAUAGCUGGGAGAGGC